GCUGGAAUUUACAAAGGACAGGAGGCUCUUUGGUGGCUAGGAGUUCGUAUCUAUAAUUCCUCUCUUUAUGCUUUCUAGCGACACGGGAGUCCCUGUCCUAACAAAGUUUCCCUCCUUUACUUUUUCGCAGUAGUCAGAAUUGUAAGGUGCACCACGGACUUGUUGAUGGUGAAUGCACUUCUUCAGAAUGGUUGCAACCAACAACUUAAACAAUAAAAAUUCUGAACUGAUACAGCAGCGAUUUCAGCAGCUAUCCUUUUCUGACUUUGACUAUUGGGAUUUUGUAGCGCCUGAACCCAACUUUAAUGAGACGGUGUUUGAGGAACAAACGUGUCAGAAUCUAAUUAGAAUGCUGGAGAACUGCCUCUCUAAAUCAAAACAAACUAGACUGCAUUGCUCAAGGGUCUUAGUCCCUGAGAAAUUAACUCGGAGGAUAGCUCAAGAUGUCUUGCGUCUCUCUUCUACGGAGCCUUGUGGUUUGCGGGGCUGCAUUAUUCAUGUCAACUUGGAAACUGGAAAUGUAUGUAAAAGGCUGGAUAAGAUUGUUUGUGACCCCAGCGUCAUUCCUACUUUUGAGUUGACACUGGUGUUCAAGCAAGACAAUUGCUCAUGGCCCAGCUUCAGGAGUUUAUUCCCCAGAGUUUGUUUUACUUCUAGCUAUAAGCAGACUCUGAUCUUGAGCCCUGGGUUUCGUCUAAUUAAGAAAAAAUUAUACUCCUUGAUUGGGACAGUAGUUGAAGAAUGCUGAAAAGGGGCACUAAAAAGUGUACUGGAAAAGAGAGCUGAGCUUGCAGCCCUUAGAAAUAGAAGGGAUAUUUGCACAAUAAGCCAUCGAUGGUUUCAAAACUGUCUGGUGCUAUGUUAGAAUAAGGAGUGCAGCUCCUUGAUACUUGAAACAUUCCUUGGUUAGCAAAGAUAUGGCACGCCCAAUAGCCAUGAUUGCUAUUUAUUGCUAGCAGUUGAGCUAGAUGGUUUGGCAUUCUUUGAUAUUUAUUUUUAAUAUGAGUUUCCUGGAUUCACAUUGUUUUGAAUCCAAUUUGGGGAAAAUUUCUCAUAAGCUUUCAAGAAACAAACUAGUCUCUAGAACUAAAUGGAUCAAAGAGGUAGGAAUGAUGCUUGCAAAAUGCUGCUCAUAGCUGCAUUGGCACUAUCAAAUAAAAGAGACAGGUCAUAGGAUAAUUAUGAGAGAUUUUGGAGCUGUUGUUGCUUUUUCAAGGUCAUCUUCUUAACUAACAAGAUUUGUCAUAAUUCCAUUCAGAAGCCUUACCCUGGCUUCCUGCAACCUGGUAUCUUCUUGAUGUAUUGCCUCUACAUCUAUUGGCAUGCACACCCAGCAUGACCAAAGGCUGGAAAUUUUAAGUCUCAAUAUUUGUAAGGAAUACCAGUUUGAAGAAAGUCAGCUUACUUGCCAUGAUAAAGUUGCCUUCCAAGCUAAAACAUUUUCAGGAAGCUAGCUUACCCAAAUAAUCAUGAACAAUUGUAUACACUCAGUUUUAUAAAUACAAUAAUGCUGAAGUCUACACAAAGCACUUCAUGUACAUUUGGCCUUGAACCAUUUGUGUUGUUUUGUAGUCAGUUAUGCUAUAUUUUAGUUAGCAUGCCCAAUUUGGGAGGUAAAAGCAGUGUAUGGAUUUUUUGCCAAUUAUAAGUGAAGAGCAAUAAUCUAGAAUCCACUUGUCCAGUUGAUAGUCGUAGAUGAUGUCAGAAGCCAUUGCUUCACCAUAAACUUUGAAGCUCUUAUUAAACUGAUUCCCACAAAGAAUCAAUGAAAUACGACUCCUUCAGUGAUUUUUGGCUGAGUUAUGGAAAAGAUUAAGAUAAGAUAAGAAAGGUUUGAGUAUCCAGCCUUCUAGACACAUACAUACACUGCAGAUAUCCAUAAUCCAAGAAGCAAACUGUAUAAUUCUUAGCAUAGUCAUACACAAAUCUAGAUGAAUUCUCACUUCAGCAGGAUUGGAACAAGUCCCAGACCUUGUUUAUUUUGAUACGACAUUGCAAAGCUGGGCAUCCUAAUUCUUCUCAAACUGGUGCCAUUAGAUAGAUAGGGGACCACAAUUUCCAGAAUUUCAAGCUUUUUUUCCUGGUGCCUAUGAAUUAUGAGAAGUAUAGUCUCAUUCUUUCUGGAGAGUGCUAUCUUGGAGAAGGCUGCUCUAGAUCCCCAGCUAACUUCUCUUUGUAGUAAUAAAUAUAUAAAUUGAAUACCCACUACUGACCUUUUAGGAAAAUCUGUAAGGAUUGCAAAAGAUGAGGAAUUAGCAUAAAGUUUUCAUGGGUGGUGACAAAUAAUAAUAGUGCAUAUCCAUUCUAAGAGAAACAAAGCAUCUUUUUUUCCCAUAAUAUCUCAAUGGAGACCAGGCUCUAAAUUGUACAAGCAGCGAGAAAUGAGGGUCGGAAGAUGAAAACGCCACUGAAUUUUUGUUUGGAUUUUGUGCAGUAGAUCUUGCAUCUAGCCUUGUAUACAGCGAAGUGGAAAGGAUAGAUAAGUCGAGCUACUCUUGUGAAACUAUCUUUUCUUUAAAUUAAUUUUAAUAAACUCUUUAAAUUAGGAUAAACCGAUACAUAAAGGAGGUAAGUUACUUUUGGAAUUUAAUAUUUGAAGGAUAAAAACAUACCUAGCCUAAUGCAGAUGUGUGGGGGAGGGGAUGCCUCUUAAGAUGCAGAAGACUAUGAAUUAUAUUUAGCUGACUUUAAACUUGAAAGUUGUGCACUUCUCUCUGCCAGUCAACUGAGACUAUGUUGUCCUGGCCUUAGAUCUUUACGAACUAGUCUUUCUGUGUUAUAGCCCUUCCACAGCAUGAAUUCUCCUUGCAUUUGGAUUCAUCAAGAUUAGGAGACCUUCCCUAGCAGACUCAGGAGACAGAUAGAGGCAAGGAAUAAUAA